ACGUAACUCCACUUGUAACUUUGACUUGGCAUUUUGUACGGCUGAGCGCGAGGGAGCAGUUGCAGCUAAGGAGUUGCCGCUAUGAGAUGGGUUGAGAAGCUCGGCCAUCCGGGAGGGGCUUGGAGUAGAUCUGCUGCUUCUCCACAUCGAGAGGAGCCAUUUGAGGUGGCUCCGGCAUCUGAUGAGGAUGCCUCACUGGUGAGGUUUUCUGGGCACUUCCAGCCAAGAGGAGACCGGACACGCUGGAGGUUUCGCUGGAUGACCUUGAAAAUAUGUUUGUGGAGAGAUUCCUGCAAGGUGGAUGCUUUCAGUCAGAAGCAUGUGUUCAUCACCGGCUGCGACAGCGGAUUUGGGAAUCUUCUGGCCAGACAGCUGGAUGGGAAAGGCUUCAAAGUCAUAGCUGCAUGUUUCACAGAGAAAGGUGCAGCAGAUCUGGCUGCAGCAUCCUCCCCCAGGCUGAAGACCCUCCAGCUGGAUGUUACAGACAGCGCCAGCAUCAGGAGAGCGGUGGAGUUUGUGAGCGGAGAGGUCAGAGAGCGAGGGCUGUGGGGUUUGGUGAACAACGCCGGCAGGUCCAUACCCAUCGGGCCAACAGAAUGGAUGCAGCUGGAGGACUUCACAAAGGUUUUGGAUGUGAAUCUGAUAGGGGUCAUCGAUGUGACCCUCCAGUUUCUGCCCCUGGUGAAAAAAGCCAGGGGGCGGGUGGUGAACGUGGCCAGCAUUCUGGGGAGGCUGUCUCUGACCGGAGGGGCAUACUGCGUGUCCAAAUGGGGGGUGGAAGCCUUUUCUGACAGCCUCAGGAGGAACAUGCAUCACUUUGGCAUUAAAGUGAGCAUCAUCGAGCCUGGUUUCUUCAAGACAGAGGUAACCCGUGUGGAUCUUAUUGACGCUGACCUGAGGAGGUUGUGGAUGCGUCUCCCUCAGGAUGUUAAAGACUCAUACGGAGCAUCAUACUUUGAGGACUAUGUGCGAAUGCAGGACUUGGCUAUGGGCCUCUUGUGCAGCUCAGAUAUCUCAAAGGUGACCAGGUGCAUGGAGCAUGCACUAACGGCCCGCCAUCCACGCACUCGUUACGGAGCAGGCUGGGACGCCAAGCUUUUCUGGAUCCCUCUGUCCUACCUCCCUUCAUUUGUGGCAGACUUUGUUGCAAAUGCUCUCCUUCCUUCACCUAGAGUUGAAUGAAAAACCUAAAAAUCAGCCAACUUCUACAGCGAAAAUAAGCAAACUUGUUAUUUUUUCUUAUAGUAUUGAUUAUUUUUGAAAAUAAAGUUGAAUUUCCCACAAAAGAAGUGUAAAAUAAGAUUGAAGACUGUGUUACAAAAUAGGAAAUUUAUUUAUUCAUGUCUUAGCAGCAGCAGCAGCUUCAUUCAUAUGGACAUUCUGCAUGAUCACAGAUAGGGUUUGUCCUCAUAAUGGAAAAACAUGUAAUCUAUAAAGAAUUAAUUCACUUGGUUUAGAUAAAUCUCCACAUCUGCAUCCUUAAAGUGUUACUCGUCCAACUGCAACACGCAUGUACUUUUCCAAACUGUUGUAUCCAUUCCAGCAGGAAUAAAAUCAUGCUGAUUCAAAGACAA